AUGGAUACAAAAACGACGUCGUCUUCUUCGAGCGUUGAACCAUUGAAGAAGAAAAAGAAAGAGUGUUUAGGUUGGAUAGAAUGGUUUAGAGGAUGGUUCAAUUUAAUCUACGAAUUUCUAUUCCAACGAAUCAUGGCGAGUCACUUGGAGAACCCUAUGCCGCUACCACCAAUCAAUGAUCUCACUUGUAUUGUUACUGGUUCCACUAGUGGCAUUGGUCUUGAAAUUGCUAGGCAAUUGGCACAAUCAGGGGCACAUGUUGUUAUGGCCGUGAGGAAUGCGAAGGCGGCUACUGAGCUAAUCCAGAAGUGGCAGAUUGAAUCUGCAGGAUUGGGUAUUGCGCUCAAUGUUGAGGUCAUGGUGGUGGAUCUUCUAUCAUUGGAUUCGGUUGCUAGGUUUGCUGAAGCGUGGAAUGCCCGCGCAGCACCCUUGCACGUUCUCAUUAAUAAUGCUGGCAUUUUUUCCAUUGGAGAGCCACAGAAAUUUUCAAAAGACGGUUAUGAAGAACACAUGCAAGUGAAUCAUCUUGCUCCUGCUAUGCUUUCAAUACUUCUUUUGCCAUCUCUUAUUAGGGGCUCCCCUAGUCGAAUUGUGAACUUGAAUUCCAUCAUGCAUCAUAUUGGCUUUGUUGAUGCUGAAGACAUGAAUGCCACUUCAGGAAAAAGAAAAUUUUCUAGUCUGACGGGAUAUUCAAACAGCAAAUUGGCACAGGUUAUGUUCAGUAGUGUUCUUUUUAAGCGAGUACCUGCCGAAGCUGGCAUCAGUGUGUUGUGUGUAUCGCCUGGAAUUGUUCAGACCAAUGUUGCAAGGGAUCUUCCAAAAUAUGUUCAAACUGGAUAUCAUUUGAUACCUUACUUCAUCUUUAAUGCUCAAGAAGGUUCUAGGAGUACACUUUUUGCUGCGACUGAUCCUCAAAUUACCGAGUAUUGUGAAUUAUUGAAAUCAGAUGAAUGGCCUGUCUGUGCCUAUAUUUCUCAUGACUGUCGACCCACGAAUCCGUCAGAAGAAGCACACAAUCUUCAAACUUCAUAUGAAGUAUGGGAAAAGACAUUAGAGAUGACCGGCCUUCCUUCAGAUUGCGUGGAGAGGUUUCUAGAGGGCGGAGAAGUUAAAUGUCGUUACGGACAAGAACAACAAUGA